CCUGCAAUGUCCCGGACACAUGGACUGUCUCAUCGUCGGAUCCGGGGGGGAAGGGGUGUUUGAGCGCGGAAUGUACCAGGCGACGGGGGAGGAGAGGAUGCUCAUCUUGCUCACUCGCUGAGGAGACUGAGGAGCAUCCGCGGGAACCUCCUCCAACACCGGGAAUACCGACCCCGGGAUCCCCGAGCGCCGGACACACGGACACAGAAACAUCCCCAGCACCGGGCACACGGACACCGGGAGCCCUCGGGCACCACUGGGCUCAGUGACUGACAUACCAGGCCCCGCUUUGACACUGGUCUCUCUCCCCGGUACCCGCCCCCUGGUCUCUCUCCCCGGUUCCCCCGGUCUUUCUCCCGAUCCCCAGCGCCGAGCACAUGAUGAAUUACCUGCGGCGCCGCCUGUCGGACAGUAACUUCAUGGCCAACCUACCCAACGGGUACAUGAGCGAUCUGCAGCGGCCCGAGCCCCCGGCGCCCCCCGCCCCAUCCCCGGGACCCCCUGCCGUGUCCCCGGAGCCCAGCGCUGGGGUUGGGGGAGGGGGAGGCUUCUUCUCCUCUCUGUCUAACGCUGUCAAGCAAACAACGGCCGCCCUCAGCGAGCAGGUCUCUACCGCCACGGGGGCCACACGGGGGGCCAAACUGCUGCUGGUCAUAGACGAGCCCCACACCGACUGGGUAAAACACUUUAAGGGGAAGAAGAUCAAUGGAGAAUAUGACAUUAAAGUGGAGCAGGCUGAGUUCUGUGACCUGAAUCUGGUGGCGCACAGCAAUGGCAGCUUCUCGGUGGAUAUGGAGGUUCUUAGAAAUGGAGUGAAGGUUGUGAGGUCACUGAAGCCGGACUUUGUGCUGAUUCGCCAGCAUGCUUUCAGCAUGGCGCGUAACGGCGACUUCCGCAGCUUGGUGAUCGGCCUGCAGUACGCCGGGGUUCCCAGCCUCAACUCCAUCCACUCCGUGUAUAACUUCUGCGACAAGCCCUGGGUGUUUUCGCAGUUGGUUCGUCUACAGAAGAAGUUGGGACCUGAGGAGUUCCCGCUCAUCGAGCAGACCUAUUACCCCAACCACAAGGAGAUGCUCACGGCAUCCAAGUUCCCCGUGGUGAUUAAGAUGGGGCACGCGCAUUCUGGAAUGGGCAAGGUGAAGGUGGACAAUCAGUACGAUUUCCAGGACAUCGCCAGCGUGGUCGCCCUGACUAAGACCUACGCCACGUCGGAGCCUUUCAUCGACGCCAAGUAUGACGUCCGCAUACAAAAGAUCGGGAACAACUACAAGGCCUACAUGAGAACUUCGAUAUCCGGCAAUUGGAAGACAAACACCGGAUCGGCCAUGCUAGAGCAGAUCGCCGUGUCUGACCGGUACAAGUUGUGGGUCGAUGUCUGCUCUGAAGUGUUUGGAGGUCUGGACAUUUGUGCUGUGGAGGCACUUCAUGGCAAAGAUGGCAAGGACCACAUCAUUGAGGUGGUGGGAUCCUCGAUGCCCCUGAUCGGAGAUCAGCAGGAGGAAGACAGACAGUUAAUCGCCGAUCUGGUUGUGGCAAAGAUGUCUCAGCAGUGCAGCUCCUCACCGAGCCGUUCCGUUCAUGGGCCGCAAGCUCAGGCUCAAGCCGCACAUGCACGGCCUGCGGGCCCGGUACAGCAGCAGAGACCACCUCCUCAAGGUGGGCCACCGACAGCUCAAGGUCCUCAGCGCCAAGGCCCUCCUCCCCAGCAAAGACCUCCGCCACAAGGACAGCAGCUCCAGGGCCUGGGCCCUCAGCCAUCCCCACACCCAGCGAACCUCCCCAGUCCAGGGGCCCAGCAGCGGCAAAUGAUCCCUCAGCAGCAGCAGCAGCAGCAGCAGCAAGUGCGUCCCCAGCAGGCCAUUCCUCGCCAGUCGCAGUCACCCCAACGGCAGCCAAGUCCUCAGGGCACUCAGUCACCCCAACGCCAACAGCAGGGUCCUCCUGUGCCAUCAGGCCCAAAGCCAAUGGGCGUCCAGCCUCCUCAACCCCGGCAGCCAGGGCCACCACGGCAGCCAGUCCCAGCUGGGCCGCAGCAAAAGCCCCCACCUCCGGCUCAGCAGCAGCAGCAGCCCCCACCUCAGCAACGCCAGACAGCUCCUGGGCCUGCUCAGCAACCACAGCAACAGCGACCCAUGACCCAGCAGCCCCGGCCCAAUCCCCAAGGACCUGGACAAGUGUCUUCCCGUGCCGGUGGAGGACCUCAAAAGCCUCAGGUGGCUCAGAAGCCGGGCCCCGAGCUGCCCCCACCCCAGCCGCAGCUGAAUAAGUCCCAGUCCCUCACCAACUCCUUCACCCUUGCAGACUCGCCAGCUCCGCGUUCCAGUCUUAGCCACGACGAGGUGAAAGCCGAAACCAUCCGCAAUCUGAGGAAGUCCUUUGCAAGUCUCUUCUCAGACUGAAUCGCGUCCCCCUUUUACCGCAUCGUACCCGUCCGGCACUGCGGCUCUGUGUACCACCCGUUCCCCGCUCCCCAACUCGUGUGCACGGCUUACCCUACUCCUCAAAGUGCUAAUGAAGAGGUGGCUAUGGAGAGAGCAAACCACCAACAAUGGGAGGAAGAGAGGCGAUACACCAUACCUGAUACCAUAUAUCAUAUCUCACAUCCGAGGGGCGUAGGGGUAGUUGCAUGGUUUGUUACAGCCGCUGGUAGGAAGACUGGCACUCACGGCGCUCGGGGAAACUCAACGGGCCGGGAUGUUUCUGGUAAACUCCAUUGCCUGUGGCUUCAAAUAUUAACCUUUUAACACACGCUGCACCCCAGGGGGGCAACGCAAAGUGCCCCCAGCUGCCACAGAGAGCCUGUGUGUGCCAGCCCUCCGUCUCUAUAUAAAUAUAUCUAUUCAUAUCAAUGUUUGGAAUACGCGGUGCUCGUCGUAGUGAAAUGGUGUACGUUGGCGCACGCUCGACCGCACGCAGUCACCUUGUUACGCUCUUCCUCCUGGGCGCUCUCGGUAUCGAUCCCUCCUGGUUCUGUCUGUUUCCAGUCCAGUGUAGUGAGGUGCUGUGAACCUUUUUGUUCUGUUUGCCGGCCCGGCUUCCUCUUGCCCCGCGGUGCUUUGAGUUCCGGGGGGCUCACUUGAUUUUCUUCACCAUGACCCGGCUUUGGUUGUCUGCCGUAUCAUUUCUCCCGUAGGAGCCUGACCCGUAUGCCCGGAUUAUUGCCCAAAUUGUGUUCCCAUUCCUCCAUGUCUAAUUUUGUGUGGCGGUAACACUGUUGUACUGUGUGUAAAUUUGCUUGCUGUGCGGUAAAUAUUGUGACGGGAUUGUUAGUGAGCGCUGUGUUCUUUCAAAGUAGUGAAAUAAUGUUGUAAGUAUUAAGAGUAAUAUAUUAUAUAUGAUCUAUAUUAAAGAAUUUAACUCCAUCGCCGCUACAAUAAGGUGGAGGAAGGAGCGUGUGUGCUGUUUGUUGAUGCGUCUGUGUGGAAAUGUAAAUCUGCAAAGGCAUGAAAAUGCCCCAAAAAUAAAGAUUCAUAAAACAUGGAAA